UUGAACGCACCUUGCCUGUGUGAGACGCCGUAGUGUAGAGAGAAGUAUAUAGCUCUGCUAAAGAGCUGUGUAUCAUGUAUUUCUUGCCUGUGUUUUUCCUAUAUCCUGCAUCGUGGGUUUAUUGUGUGUGAAUAAGAAAAGCAUCAGCAACCCUGUUCUUUGGCUAUCAGUGACUAUUCCUGGUUGCCAUUAUGGAUGAAGAACCAGAGAGAGCCAAGCGCUGGGAAGGUGGUUAUGAGAGGACAUGGGAGGUGCUGAAGGAGGAUGAAUCAGGCUCACUCAAAGCCACGGUGGAAGAGAUCCUGUUCCAAUCCAAAAGGAAAAGGGUGAUAGAGAGCCAUGGACAAGUGAGGCUUGGAAUGAUGCGUCACCUCUAUGUGGUGAUUGACUGCUCAAGAAGUAUGGAAGACCAGGACUUGAAACCAAGUCGCCUCACCUCUACUCUAAAGCUGAUGGAAGCUUUUAUCGAUGAAUAUUUUGACCAAAACCCCAUCAGUCAGGUGGGCAUCAUCAUCACGAAGAAUAAAAGAGCUGAGAAGCUGACUGAGCUGGCAGGAAAUCCAAAGAAGCACAUUGCUGCUCUGAAGAAAGCUGUAGACACUGUGUGUGUAGGAGAGCCGUCCCUAUACAAUUCUCUCAACCUGGCCAUACAGACCCUCAAGCACAUGCCUGGACAUACAAGCCGGGAGAUCCUGAUAAUCCUCAGCAGCCUCACCACAUGUGACCCAGCCAAUAUCUAUGAACUGAUCAAGACCCUAAAGUCUCUGAAGGUGCGGGUCUCAGUAAUCGGCCUGUCAGCGGAGAUCCGGGUGUGUACAGUGUUGACCAGGGAGACGGGUGGCUCAUACCAUGUCAUCCUGGAUGAGAGUCACUUCAAAGAGCUGCUGAUACUGCAUGUCAAACCUCCUCCAGCCAGUUCCUCAUCUGAAUGCUCUUUAAUACGCAUGGGUUUUCCGCAGCACACCAUCGCCUCUCUUACUGACCAGGAUGCCAAGCCUUCAUUCAGCAUGUCUCAUCUGGACAGUGGCAGUGGUCCAGGUCUGUCUCUGGGAGGAUACUUCUGUCCGCAGUGCCACGCCAAGUACACAGAGCUUCCUGUGGAGUGUAAAUUGUGUGGUUUGACUCUGGUGUUGGCCCCCCAUCUCGCCAGAUCCUUCCACCACCUCUUCCCCCUCCAAGCCUUUAUAGAGAGACCUGUGGAAGAGCGUCAAGAAGACAGGUGACACUGAUGAAGCUGCUGCUUCUGUGGGCUAGCAUCCAAAUAUCA